GGGCGCUGGCCGCGGCCCCCGGCUGCCCGAGCCCGCCGACGGCCCGGCCCCUGACCGAAGUCCAGCCUCGGGGACGCGCCCCGGCGGCACCCCGCGCUCCCGCACCACGGGCAGGCUCCGGCCAUGGCGCUGGCCGCCGCCGCGGCCGCCGCGGCCGCCGGGGUGAGCCAGGCGGCGGUGCUCGGCUUCCUGCAGGAGCGCGGCGGGCAGGUGCGCAACUCGGAGCUGCUGAGCCGCUUCCGGCCGCUGCUGGAGGCUGGCGACCCGCGCGGCCGCGCCGCGCGCAGGGACCGCUUCAAGCAGUUCGUCAACGACGUGGCCGUGGUCAAGGAGCUCGACGGCGUCAAGUUCGUGGUGCUGAGGAAGAAGCCGCGGCGACCGGCGGGGCCCGAGCCGCUGCCCCCCGGCCCCGCAGCACCGCCGCCGCCGGCCGCCGCUGCCCCGGGGGACAGCUCCGCGCCCGAGGCCGCUUCCUCGGGCCCCGCGCUGCAGAUCCAGGAGCCCCCGGAGGACCCGGCCGGGCAGAGCGCGCCGCAGGAUGCCCCGGGGGUCCCGGCCAGCGAGCCCACCUCGCCCACUAUGGAGCUGCCUAGCGGCCUGGCCCGCAAGCCCGAGGGCCCCGCAGAGCCCCGGGUGCCAGCCUUUGAGCUGGCCCGGUCCUCGGAGGCAGUCUGCGUGGACGCGGCCCCGCCGUCUGCGAGGCUGCCCGAGGUCGCCUCGCCCUGUGCACCGGCGCCGGACCCAGCCCCGGGGCCGCCGCCGCCGAAGCCCUGCAUGCUGCCGGUGCGCUGCGUGCCGGGCCCCGCCGCGCUCCGCGUCCGGGCCGAGGAGCAGGGCCUGCGCCGGCAGCUGUCGGAGGAGCCGAGCCCGCGCAGCUCCCCGCUGCUGCUGAGGAGGCUGUCGGUGGAGGAGACCGGCCUGGGCCUCGGCCUGGGCCUGGGUCCGGGCCGCUCCCCGCACCUGCGACGCCUGUCGCGCGCCGGCCCCCGCCUGCUGAGCCCCGACACCGAGGAGGCGCCCGCCGCGCCGCCGCCGCCCUCCGCCGUGCCCCUGGAGCCGGCCGAGCACGAGUGGCUGGUGCGGGCGGCCGGCGGCCGCUGGACCCACCAGCUGCACGGGCUGCUGCUGCGCGACCGCGGCCUGGCGGCCAAGCGCGACUUCAUGUCCGGCUUCACGGCCCUGCACUGGGCCGCCAAGAGCGGCGACCGCGAGAUGGCGCUGCAGCUGGUGGAGGCGGCGCGGCGCGGGGGCGCGCCCGUCGACGUGAACGCGCGCUCGCACGGCGGCUACACGCCGCUGCACCUGGCCGCGCUGCACGGCCACGAGGACGCCGCCGUGCUGCUCGUCGUGCGCCUCGGCGCGCAGGUGCACGUGCGCGACCACAGCGGGCGGCGCGCCUACCAGUACCUGCGGCCCGGCUCCUCGUACGCGCUGCGCCGCCUGCUGGGCGAGCCGGGCCUGCGCGGCGCCGAGCUCGACGCCCUCGGGGGCGGAGGGGGCGGCCUGGCGCCGCGGCGUCCGGUGCAGGUGGCCGCCACCAUCCUCAGCUCCACCACCAGCGCCUUCCUGGGCGUCCUGGCCGACGACCUGAUGCUCCAGGACCUGGCCCGCGGCUUGAGGAAGUCGAGCUCCUUCAGCAGGUUCUUGGGCGCCUCGCCCAUGGCGCCCCGCAAGAAGACCAAGGUCCGGGGCGCGCUGCCGGCCUUCUCGGAAGCCCCUCGCCGACCCCCGCUGGGGCCCCUGGCUGGCCUGGUGCCCGGCGUGCCCCCCGCCACCUGACGGCCGCCGUGGCCACGGCUUGAGUGAGCGCCACGGGCCGGCGGCCGCACAGCUCCGCCCGCCACAGCCUGUUGCCCCCGACGGCCGGCGUCGCCGGGAGCGGCUCCCUGUGAGGAAGCCAGCAGCCGGCGCUGGACUCUGGAGGACACUUGAGCUUCGGGCAAGGGGCACGGGGCAGCAGCUGGCCUGGCCCCGAGGGCUCGCGGCGGCGCACUGCCCGGCGGGGGCGCGCUGGCCGCUUUCCGUGUGAAGGGGCUUUUGUAACUGGAUGGUUUUACUCUGUUUUUAAAUUAAAAUGAGGUAAAGUAACUUUCCUAAGAACCUGUGGAAUUAUAUUUUUUCAUUUUUAGGCAAAGUGCUCAUUUUCCAUCUUUUGCUAAGUAUUUUGGAAUUCUAUUAAAAAAUAAAAAAGUACAGAGAUCUAAAGGAAAUUAGUCCCAACCAACAAAACUCUGAAAAGUUUAUCUACCUCAUUUUAGGUGAUCAAGAUUCUGGAAAGAUCUUGAACACGGAAUAACCCCGUGACCCUUACGAAUGUAGUGAGUUUCGGCUGUACUGUGAAUGCCCAGUAUCGGCGAUUGGCCCAGGCGCGGAGGAGAGACUUUUUAGCAGCUGCUUUUGCUCUGUGCUUGUCUUGAUCGUGCAGUGUAAAUGCUGGGUGGCUCUUUGGCUUUGACCUGGAUAUUUAACGUUUAAAAAUGGUGACGUGUUUGUGAAGUGCACCUCCGUGCUGUGUUUCUGAAUCCGUGGUUUCCCAGGCUGGAGCCCUUUGGGUACAGUGGGUGGAUAAUCAGAAAACCUGUCUUGGCUUCAGAACAGUACCUGAUGCAACAGUCACACAUUAACUGAGGAGCAGGUGUUGUAUAUGCAAGUCCUGUACAAACAAAGUACCUUAUUUGCAUUUUUUGAAAACAGUUUACUGAGAAACCACAAAUGCAGAAUCUUCUCUGGGUAGCCCGGCUGGGGCAGCUCCCCCCCCCCCCCACCUGGUCCCCAUCUGCACAGCCUGGUGGUGUGUGGGCACUGCUGCGGUUUUCCAGGGCCUGCACCGCCUACUUACUAUGGCUCUUUUUGUUUGUUUGUUUCAAAGAUGUGGAAUGUGUUUGUUCAGCCAACCUUUUUCAUAUUGUAUUGUGAUAAUUCUCUGCUUUUGCAAAUUACAUUUGCAUGUCAUUAGUGGUAUCACACAGUUUUUAUAGCUCAGUGAUGGGACUUCCCUCAAAUAAUCAGUGAGUUGAAUUUACUAAAGGCAAUCAUUCAUGGAAUGUUUUGAUUUAAGCAAUGAAAUAAACAUCCCAUUUUAUUCUG